AUGCAAACGAUGCUUUCAAAAGUAAUCUACUGUUUCAUAUUUGUUCUAUGCAGUGUGUUGAUAGUUCAAGUACAAUCUCAAGCAUGCAAUGGAAUUACUCCUAACACCGGUAUUUGUACGGAUCGAUUGGCGGCGACUUGCUCUGAACUAGUUCCAUGCGAAAAAUCAACUAACCUUUGCAAUCAAUCUGAUCAUCAAUGUGUUCACCAUCCUCAAUGUCAGGAUUCUCCUGUUUGCUAUCCAAUUCCAACAUUCAAUCAACAAUUCUGUCCACCAACACUCACUACAACUACAACUACAACUGCACCUACAACUACUAUUCAGCAAUCAGCCAUCCCCAAUAUUACUGGCAAUGCUACUUCGGUAAGGAAUGGCGUUACUGUCGCUGGAGGUAUAGGUUCAGGCAAUGCCACCAAUCAGCUACAUCUCCCUUCUGGUCUCGUCGUUGAUGAUGAUCAAACAGUGAUCAUUGCUGACACCUGGAAUCAUCGUAUCAUUCAAUGGAAGAAAGAUGAUACGAAUGGGCAAGUUGUCGCUGGUGGAAAGGGUCUAGGGAAUCGAAUGGACCAACUGAACUAUCCAAGCGAUGUUUUGAUCGACAAAGUGACGAAUAGUUUCCUUAUUUGUGAUCAAAAUAAUCGACGAGUUGUACGAUGGUCUCGCCGUAGUAGCCCAACACAAGGAGAAAUUUUGAUCAAUAACAUCUUUUGUUAUGGAUUAUUCAUGGACGAUCAAAGAUAUCUCUACGUUUCUGACAUCGGAAUGCAUGAAGUAAGACGAUAUCAAAUGAGUGACACGAAUGGAAUUCUCGUGGCUGGUGGAAAUCGGGCUGGUUCUGGUCUAAAUCAAUUCAAACUGCCAGCAUAUCUCUUUGUCGAUCGACAACAGAAUGUCUAUGUGUCAGACAGAGACAAUAAUCGUGUGAUGAAAUGGGGAAAAGGUGCAACAGAAGGAAUCAUCGUUGCUGGAGAUCAAGAAAAAGGGAGUGCUCUGACACAGUUGUCGUCUCCUCACGGACUAUUCAUCGAUACAUUGGGUGCCAUACAUGUGGUAGACUCAGGAAAUCAUCGAGUGAUACGUUGGGUUCAAGCAGACAAGAAACAAGGCACUGUUAUGGUGGGUGGAAAUGACUUUGAAUCUAGAGAAAAUCAAUUCUACAGCCCAGAGGAUUUGUCUUUCGGUCCACAUGGUAAUCUCUAUGUCACCGAUAAGUAUAAUCAUCGUGUUCAACGAUUUUCUCUCGAAUAA